CAACAUUAGUCAACUGUAUCUUUAAUGAGUGUUACUAAUUAUAUUUGAAUUGAUGAAAGUGUGAAUUAAAUCUGUAUCCAUAUUAUUGUUUUAAGUAUUAGUUUUAUUCCUACGUAAUAUUUUAUUUAUUUUUAAAAUGCCUGCGUACCAUACUGUGAUUAAAGACUUCAAUCAAUCUUAUGGCAAUAUAGCAGUUUUACCUCUGCGGACUCAGUGCAGGGGUCCUGCUCCAGUUACAAAUGCUGAACAUGACAUUAUAGAUGAUGCCAUAUAUUAUUUCAAAGCCAAUGUCUUUUUUAGGACUUACGAAAUUAAGUCUGACGUAGACAGAAUCUUUAUUUACAUUACUUUGUACAUAACGGAGUGUUUGAAAAAAUUGCAAAAAUGUGCAAAUAAAGCACAAGGACAGCAAGACAUGUAUAGCUUAGCUAUAGGAAGGUUUGAUUUACCCGGAGAUGCAGGUUUUCCUUUAAAUUCUGUAUAUGCUAAACCCAGUAAUGCAGCAGAAGCAGAUUCCAUGAAGCAAUAUUUACAGCAAAUUAGACAAGAAACUGGGGCUCGGAUUUGUGAGAAGGUGUUUGCUACAGAAGACGGUAAACCAAGCAAGUGGUGGCUGUGCUUUGGUAAAAAGAAGUUCAUGGAUAAGUCACUUUCUGGCCCAGGACAAUAAUUGUGAAAAUGAAUUUAGUUAUAAUUUUUUUAAUAUAACAUUUUCAGAUAAAAUAUAUAAAAAGGAACAUUACAUUAUAAUGAGAAGU